AUGAAAUGGAACGUCGACACCGACACAAGUGGUAAAGCAGACGGAAGAGCCCUUACGAAAGCUGAAAAGGAUCUUGAAAGAGGAAUUUUCAAAGAUCACUCACAACAUUUAAGUGAAAUAGAUAAGAACUUGAGUAAAUUGCAACCUCUAAAGGAGCAGACCGAAGAAAAGGAAAGAAAACUGUCGUCUUUGGAAAGCUGUGCGACUGACGGAGAUCAGUAUAUGAAACUGCAUGAGCAAGAACGACAUCAAGCUAAAAACUUUCCAGUUAAACCAGAAGAAAAUAUGGGAAUGACUGACGACGAAUACUUUUCUAAGUUGAUCGAAGAAACAGGGGAUGACGCUAUUUUUUUUCAAGUCACGCUAUUUGUUCACAUCGUCGUAUCCUCUUCAUUCGUUUCUGUCUUCAAGCCUGUUCCCUAUCGUCUCUUUCACGGAUAG